UUACAGUGAAUAAACAUUUAUCGUUGAGUAAAUCUGAGUUUUCCUUCCGCACCUAUCACGACAUCCCACCUCAAAUUGGUGGCCCCGACGUGAUUUUCAGUGAAAGAGGUGACCGUGAUAGUGCUCGUGAGACGUUAAACACCGCGAAUUUGAGACAGUCCGAAAUGACUAAUACCGCCAAUUCCGAACGUACGACGAUCGGCAGGAACAACGUAAACUCGAUAAAUGCAUUCCUCCGCGUGCCACCGUUCUGGCCUGACGAUGUUGACUUGUGGUUCGCGGUGCUGGAAGUGCAAUUUGAAGCUGCCCGGAUCACGGGCGAUAAGGAAAAAUACCUCGUCGCUGUUGCACAUCUCGACAAGUCGCACGUGAGAUUAAUCCGAGACGUAUUGAAAGCCCCACCGGCGACCGGACGUUACGAGUUCGUCAAAAAGGAGCUCAUCAAAAGAUUGGGAGAGUUGGACGCCAAGAGACUCCAACAAGUAAUCGAGAAGGAACAAAUGGGUGAUAGAACGCCAUCCCAAUUCUAUCGGCACCUAAGAAACCUAGCCACCAACUCGUUAGCAGACGAUGUCAUCCUCAUCGUCUGGGAAGGUCGACUUCCACCGCGCAUACGGAGCAUCCUAGCCUCCCUACAGGGCAUAGACGAAUCUGUACAGAACAACGAUCCGGAAUCCCGCAUACAAAUUGCCGAUAACAUUUACGAAGCCACCCCGGAAUCAGGGCAGAUCGCCGCGGCCAGCGUAGGCCGACUUCCUACGAUAACCCUCCUACCUGGCCAGAACAGCGGAAUAGGCGACGCCAUGGCAGCCGUCGUCAACAUGGUCACCGAGCGGUUAGCGCGAAUGGACGCCCAAAUGAGCGAGAUGCGAUCGCAAGUAGCCGAGCUAAGAAGCAAUGAACACCGUCGGGCAAGAUCACAAUCACGCUCGCGUACACAAUUCCGCCGCCGUUCGCGUCCUCGCGAUCCGCCGCGGCAAGACGGGCUGUGUUACUAUCACGCACAGUUCCGAGAAAGCGCGAGAAAGUGCACACUCCCUUGCUCGUGGAAUUCGGGAAACGGGACCAGCCGUCCGUAAAAGCGGCAAACGACGACGGUUUGGCGUUUCGCCGCAUAUUCGUAACAGACAAGAACUCGCGGAUCUCCUACCUCAUCGACACCGACGCCGAUGUCUGCGUAUACCCGCGCAACAAGCUACACGGACACGUGAACAGAAGCGAGUACGAGCUGUUCGCGGCCAACGGCACACGAAUCACAACAUACGGCACCAUCGCGAUCAACCUAAACCUGUCCCUGCGCAAAGCAUUCAAGUGGGACUUUACAGUAGCCCACGUCAAAACGCCCAUCAUCGGCAUGGAUUGUUUAAGUCACUACGGGUUGCUCGUGGACCCGCGAAACAAAAGGCUCAUCGACACGACAACCCAAAUGUCAUCAAGGGGAUACACCGCCACGACAGACGAAGUGUCCGUUAAGACCAUCAUCGGCGAAUAACCAUACCACCAACUCUUGGCAGAAUUCCCGGACCUCAUCCGCCCACCGAUUUUCGGAAGAGAGAGGAUUCGACACGGUGUGGUACACCACAUCAAAACCACACCCGGUCCAUCAGUCUACAACAAACCACGCCGUCUCGCACCUGAUCGACUUAAGCAGGUAAAGGCGGAAUUUGAACAUAUGAUUGAGCAAGGCGUAAUGCGACCAUC